UUUAUCUUUCUACUUGACAGAUGAACGAAAAAGAAAACAUUCAGAACGUUGAAGAUAGCAGCACACUGACGGUAAUGAAUAAAGAACUACGUUAAGCAAUUAUAAGUAAUAUCAAUAUAACUGAAGCUUUAGUAUAACACUGAGGAAAAAGUAAUGUACAGUGAAGAAUGAGAAAGACAGUUACUAGUUGAGACAUAAUAACACAAAUGUAUCCACAUAAAACUUGGAGGAAGACAGUUGUUGCAAGGGAACACUUCUACAUGUUUGACAACCCUCAGAGGAAGACAGGUGUUGCAGGAGAACACUUCUACAUGAUUGACAACCCUCAGAGGAAAACAGUUGUUGCAAGUGAACACUUCUACAUGUUUGACAACCCUCAGAGGAAGACAGGUGUUGCAGGAGAACACUUCUACAUGAUUGACAACCCUCAGAGGAAGACAGUUGUUGCAAGUGAACACUUCUACAUGAUUGACAACCCUCAGAGGAAGACAGUUGUUGCAAGUGAACACUUCUACAUGUUUGACAACCCUCAGAGGAAGACAGGUGUUGCAGGAGAACACUUCUACAUGAUUGACAACCCUCAGAGGAAGACAGUUGUUGCAAGUGAACACUUCUACAUGAUUGACAACCCUCAGAGGAAGACAGUUGUUGCAGAAGAACACUUCUACAUGUUUGAGAACCCUCAGAGGAAGACAUGUGUUGCAGGAGAACACUUCUACAUGUUUGAGAACCCUCAGAGGAAGACAUGUGUUGCAGGAGAACACUUCUACAUGUCUGACAAUGCUCGGAAAAAUUAACGAGUUAUAAAUAGGUUUCCCUUUUUUCGAUUUUAAAUGUUUUUUUGUUUUGUUUUGCUUUGUUUAGGGAAGAGUGUAGCUGUUAUAAAAUAAAAACUGGUGCCACUGACACCAAUGUAUGUUCAUGAUUGACUGUGGUAACAAUGUAAUGAUAACAUACAAUCAAUUGAUAACAAUGACAACAAUGUUCAAGGAUUUAUGUCGAAUCAGUCUCAUGAUCAUAUAGAAUAAACUGGUAACAGUUACACCAAGGCACUAUGUUAUUUGUGGUAAAUAUCUAAUGGUUACACAGAAACAAUGACACCAAUGAACAGAGUUGUAUAUGGUAACACUGCAUUGACCAUAUAGUUAAAACUGAUAACAAUGGCAACACUGCUAUAGAAAUAUAUGAUAACUGUCUCAAGAUCAUUCACAAUAUACUGGUAACAAUAUAUAACUGUCUGAUGAUCAUACAGGAUACACUGAUAAAUAUAUAUAUAUAUUAUAUAUAUAUAUAUAUAUAUAUAUAUAUAUAUAUAUAUAUAUAUAUAUAUAUAUAUAUAUAUAUAUAUAUAUAUGAUAAAUCUGAUGAUCAUACAGAAUAUACAGGCAACAAUAUAUGAUAACUGUCUGAUGAUCAUACAGGAUACACUGGCAACAAUAUAUGGUAACAAUUUGAUGUUUGUAUACAAUACACUGGUAGCAAUUUUACCAACACACAAUAUUAUUUAAGAAAAUAUUGUUAAAGGUAAUAUAAUAACAACAGGUAAUAAUAACAACAAUAUUAUUAAAGGUAAUACAAUAAAAGGUAAUAAUAACAACAAUAUUGUUAAAGGUAAUACAAUAAAAGGUAAUAAUAACAACAAUAUAUUAAAGGUAAUACAAUAAAAGGUAAUAAUAACAACAAUAUUGUUAAAGGUAAUACAAUAAAAGGUAAUAAUAACAACAAUAUUAUUAAAGGUAAUACAAUAAAAGGUAAUAAUAACAACAAUAUUGUUAAAGGUAGUACAAUAAAAGGUAAUAAUAACAACAAUAUUGUUAAAGGUAAUACAAUAAAAGGUAAUAAUAACAACAAUAUUAUUAAAGGUAAUACAAUAAAAGGUAAUAAUAACAACAAUAUGUAUGGUUGAACAUAGUUGAAAAAUAUUCUUUUAAUUUUGAAGUCUUAACUUUUGAAUAUUUCUACAUGUAAAUUUAUAUUUUGUGUAUCAGAAAUUAAUUUAACUUUUCUAGCUUGAUAAACAAUGGGAUAAAGAUAAUACUGGGAUAAAGGUUACACCAGGAUAAAGGUAAUACUGGGAUAAAGGUUAUACUAAGAUAAAGAUAAUACUGGGUUAAAGGUAAUACUGCAAUAAAGGUAAUACUGGGAUGAAGGUAAUACUGGGAUAAAGGUAAUACUGGGAUAAAGGUAAUACUGGGAUAAAGGUAAUACUGGGGUAAAGGUAAUACUGGGAUAAAGGUAAUACUAGGAUAAAGAUAAAACUGGGAUAAAGGUAAUACUGGGAUAAAGAUAAUACUGGGAUAAAGGUAAUACUAGGAUAAAGAUAAUAUAUUUCACUAUCUUUCUGGUGGUUGGUUUCUGUAGUUUGAUAAAAGUUUGGAUAAAGGAACAAUACAGUAGAGCCCCACUUAUACGGCAGGUUAGGUUCCAGGCGACUGCACAGAAAGUUUUGAUAAAGGAGCAAUACAGUAGAGCCCCACUUAUAUGGCAGGUUAGCUUCCAGGCGACUGCCAGAAAGCAGAAUGCCAUUUUUUCCACUUAUAAAUGCAUAUAAAUGCCAGUUAACAAAUUUACACAAACAUAUAUUAUGUUAGCAAUAGAACUAGGUGGUGUCAUGAGUGGCUGGUGUUUUCAUGUCAACACAACAGCUGGUAAGUGUCUGGUGUGGUUUAUAUUCUUCUGUUAAAUCAACAACUAGAAAGAAGUCAAGUGUGCUUUGUCUAGAUUUGAGUACACAACUUGCCAGAGACCAGGUAUGUCUAGAUAUGAUUAUACAGCUAGCCAGAAACCAGGUAUGCCUAGAUACAAUUACACAGCUAGCCAGAGACCAGGUAUGUCUAGAUGUGAAUACACAGCUGGCCAGAGACCAGGUAUGUCUAGAUGUGAGUACACAGCUAGCCAGAGACCAGGUAUGUCUAGAUAUGAGUACACAGCUUGCCAGAGACCAGGUAUGUCUAGAUACAAGUAAACAGCUGGCCAGAGACCAGAUAUGUCUAGAUGUGAGUACACAACUGGCUAGAGACAAGGUAUGUCUAGAUACAGAGUGAAUUUAGAGGAAGUUGAAAUGUGUGUGUUAGCAGAAUUUCUGUUUGUCAUAAAAAUGUAUUCUGAGUGAUAAUUACUUUGUUAAUACUAAAAAUGCUAAAUAUUCUCUCUCUCUUCAAGUUUUAUUAAAACAGAAUAUGAAUA